AUGUCUCGCGAAUCCAACGAGACGAGUAUCGGUACUGGUACCAGUGUUUCCUCGACCGUUGUCGUAUCUUCCACUACCGGUUUAGUGCCGCCUUCGUCUCAGACUGCACCAACUACCGACACUGCGUCUACUAGCACCAAUGCAACAUCCACGAGCUCGACUCCUACGGCAUAUAGCAGUCAAGAUGCCUGUGCGAGUGUGUCGACUCUGGUAAAAGCCUUCACGAUUGAUACGCCUCCCCUCGAACGAAAUGUGCCGGCCGAGAUCGCCUAUCAGUGCCUCCACUCUAUUCCUUUCAAUCAAACCGCGGCCCUUGAUUUGUUGAAAUCCAUCAGACCAUACAUGGAAUGGCAGACCACCCUGUCUUAUGUCAAGGACCCACCCAAAGAAUACGCUCUAAACGUCCAACCUGGAUUUGACUUCUGGAAGGCAUUCGAUGCGGUCGAACAGAAUGUUGUUGACGGAGUUUACAAAAGCGAGUACGAUUUCGGUUGGGACCUCUACCAAGCCAAUCAACAAGUACACGAUGGCCACUUCACCUUCGUCCCGGACAGUGUUGGGAGGAUCUUCAUUUUUGGGAGAACAACUCCACUCGUGUCCGUCUCCGACGACGGCAAGAGUCUUCCUGUCGUCUAUGCAUACGCCGACAUCGUUGCUUCAUCGUUUGGCAAUUCCACGUUCCAACCCUCUCCGAUUACAAUGAUUGACGGGCAAAACACCACUCAAUUUCUGGAAGACUGGUCGCAGUAUGGGACUCUGCAAGACAGAGAUGCUCUUUGGAAUAAUCUCUUCUACAGCCCUGCUCAAGUCUCUCUAGGAACAGCUGGUACAUCUACUGGGACCUUUGUUGGAAGAGGUCAUGGUCGCUUUGUCUAUCCAGGGGCCAACACUACUUUCAGUUUCGCAAAUGGAUCUACGGCCACGCAUGAGAACUUUGCAAAAGUCUUGGUUGACUUCAAAAACAUCAGCUCUGGAGCAGACAUAUACAAGAAAUACUUCAUUGUCACUCCAAGGGCAUAUGCUAAUGCAUUCGAAAUCAACAAAAAGGAGACCAAUAAUACCAUCAACAACUCCAAACCGGACAGCCCGGAGAAACCGGCUGCCAGGAAGACGGUCCCUGCUCCUGGAUAUCCCACUCCAGUCCUACGUCAGCGUCACAAUAUUAAUGGCGGUUACUUCCUAGACCAACCCGGAUUCGAACAUGUCGCAGUCUUGACCGUCGGAUCUUUCGUCAGCAACGAGGGCCAAGAGGUCGAAUUUCAAAACAUCAACGACGGUUUCAUCGCUGCCGCCAAAGCCGCCAACAAGACAAAAUUGAUCAUCGAUCUCUCUGCCAAUGGCGGUGGCACUAUCUUACAAGGCUACGACCUGUUCAAGCAGCUCUUCCCUAAUCUCGAACCCUAUGGAGGCACUCGUUUCCGAGCCCACACAGCACUAGACAACCUAGGCGAGAUGUACUCCGAAGCCGCCGCACCUUAUACCCACAAUCCUAAUCAGACCGACAACAUACUCGCAGUAGUAGAGUCAUCAUGGAACUACCGCAGUGACAUGGACGUAAACGGCAAACCCUUUUCCGACUGGGAAGCAAAAUACGGCCCUCACCAACACGGCCCCAGCAACGACAGCUUUACUUCCAUCAUUCGCUGGAACCUCACCGAUCCCUUGCAAAAGCUGAGCUCAGGAGGAAUCUACGUAUCCGGCUAUCAAGGUCGCAGCAACAUAACAAACCCACCUUGGCGAUCCGAAGACAUCAUCCUCGUCUACGACGGCUACUGCGCGUCCACCUGCGCCAUCUUUGCCGAAUUCAUGCACAGACAAGCCGACGUCAAAACCAUCGCCCUCGGCGGCCGACCAACCACAAACCCCAUGCAAGGCGUCGGCGGCGUCAAAGGCACAAACUCCUUCCCCCUCUCCUACAUCUUCACCUCCAUAACCUCCGCCCUCUCCUGGUCCGACCCCUGGAUCAAGAAAUCGCUAAACAACACCGUACUGACCCAAUACACACAAUUACCCAUGGCGAGAUCGGGAUCCUCCCCCAGCGUAAACUCACGCGAUGGCAUCAGACAUGGAGAUGAAGGUAAUUUGCCUUUGCAAUUUCUUUACGAACCCGCGGAUUGCAGGAUUUUUUACACGGCUGCUAUGGUUGUGGAUCAGAGUGCCGUGUGGAGGACUGUGGCUGAUACCGUGUGGGGAAAAGGUAACGCUUGUGUUGCUGGAAGUAACAAUUCCAACGGCGAUGAAGUGAGCGAGAUCCCUGGGUUUGCGGAAGAAGAUGGAGGGAGAGGAAGUGGUGAUGAAGCUUCUGUGGAUGAUGAGGGUGAGGGUGAACGAGAAAACUUCUUGCAACACAUCAGCGCGGAUAUUGAUGUCGAGGAGAUUUGGGAGGGAUUGCAACAGUGGGAUCUGGAGGAUGAUGUGGUGAUGUCUGGGACUCGUGGUGGUGAGUGUAUCACGUUGCCCUAG